UGCUCCUCUUCUUCCCCUUCCUCUACAAAACGGCACUACUGGCAACAUUACGCUUCCAAAACCCUGUAACGAGGCCGACCUGGAAAGAGGCAGUUUGAUCAACCUGACUCCUAUCAAAGGCUCUAACCAAACUUUAACUGUCACGUGUCCUCACUACUUCACGCUGAUUGGUCCUCGUAAUCUGGAAUGUAUUGACGGCCGUUGGGCUCCACAGUAUGAAUCAUUACAGUGCAUAGCUCCCUGCAAUACUACUAACUCGUUCAUGCCACAAAAUAUGGUCACUCAUCCUCCACUGUCACCCUCCGAAAUAGUUUUACCCACUACCACGUUCGUGACCGCAUGUCAACCAGGUCCGGGACAGCCACCUCCAUUUCAACCUCAACGGCCGGGCGGCCCUCCACGCCCAAAUGAGCCCCUACCGGUGCUGGGGGAGCUCUUGUGCUAUGAUAGCACGUGGUACCUUAACGGGUUGUAUGAGUGCACGGAGGAGGAGGUGCCGGUGGUUACGUCGACGGAGAGCAUGGUGGUUUCGUCGACGGAGAGCAUGGUGGAUGAGGUGGAGAAAAAUUGUUCAGAACCAGUGAUAGCCGGUAACAUGACUGCAGUUGAACACGCCGAGGUGGCAACGGGUUCUACAUUUCCCGCGUCGAUAGUCUACGCUCUCUCAGCACUCGUGGGCCUUCUCCUCGUUCUCCUCCUCGUGCUGUCUAUCUGCCUCUGCCAAUCGCGCAGAAAUGAUAAUAGCACCAAACGCAUGAAAAAGUCGGGAUUCAAAGAUCAACUGAGCAUCUUUAAAAAGCCUACCCCGUUGAAUCGUCCUCCAAAACUGCCGUUACGGCCAAGCACAGUCGGCUCCGUCGGUUCCAAUCGGUACCAGGAACACGAACCGCCGAAGCUACCCGGCCAGAAGAUAGCCGAAGAGGAGGCAGAAGCGAGGAAGAUCGAAGCUAUCCGAUCAGAAAUCUACGAGCAGAUCGGAAAAAGGAGCGAUUUGCCAGAGUACAUCGACAUCUACCAGAUCAAGUAAUCCUGGAUUGUGCGAGUCAUUAAAAAGGGGUGGAUCAAGGCUUGUCUGAAAUGGGUAGGAGGGGAGGGGGGGGGCGAAGGAUAUUUUACCCGACAUCAUUUUUUUUUACCCCUAAGGGAAAAUGCCAAAGACCCUGAAUGUUAAAAGGAUGCAAGAAUUAUUUUCUUGGAAUAUCAUAUUGGUCUUGGCAUUUUGAAUUAACCUUAAUAGUAGACAGAGUCCAUUUAAUUUUCUAUAGGAUGCACUUACACGAGCAUAACAAAGGAGUAGUAAAACCAGUAAUUCAAUGUGUACAAUAUUGAUAAAUACAAGUAUGAAUUUUAUGUUUCUUUCAUUUUAGGUCAUUCGAAGCUAGAUAAUCAAGUUUCAUUAGUCUGCUAAUAGCUUUUGUUCUUUCUUUUCUUCAGGAAGAGUGUAUAGGCGAGUAGCCUUUGAACGCCUAUUACAUUUUUAAAAAAAUGCUAAAACCAGUUCGAAAUAUACGCUGCAUGAGGCGUAGGAAAGCGUUUCUUUGAUCAUUUUUGUCUGCAUUUUCACUCAUAUCUCCUUCCUUUUUUGCUAAUUAUAUAGGAUU